UUGUUUUCAUUUGCAGUUUACCCAUUGGCUUAUUUUAUCACGUGACCUUGAACUGGCAUAUACUUUGGUGGCCUUCGUUAGCGUCGGUUUGAGAUUGAUUUCAUCAGGCAGCAAAGAUGGCAGGAGGUAAAGCAGGUAAAGAUUCCGGAAAAGCGAAGGCCAAGGCAGUUUCUCGUUCGGCUAGGGCAGGAUUGCAGUUCCCCGUAGGACGUAUUCAUAGACAUUUGAAAAACAGAACUACAAGUCAUGGACGUGUUGGAGCCACAGCUGCAGUUUACAGUGCCGCUAUCCUCGAGUAUCUUACAGCUGAGGUGUUGGAGUUGGCAGGUAAUGCUAGUAAGGAUCUGAAGGUAAAGCGUAUCACACCCCGUCACUUGCAGCUUGCCAUCAGAGGGGAUGAAGAAUUGGACUCCUUAAUUAAAGCUACUAUUGCUGGUGGUGGUGUCAUUCCACAUAUUCACAAGUCACUCAUUGGAAAGGGGAAGCAGAAAGCAGCGCAAUAAUGUGUUCAUGUGAAAGAUUAAGGGAGCUGAACAAAAGACUCUAGCUGAAUGUUGUUUAAAAGUUUAUAUAUAUAGAGACUAUGACUGUCAUAUAACUUAGCAGACAUUUUUAUCCUCAUCACUCAUCUCAUGGACUCUCAUUUCCUUGGUUUUUAGAUUAUAGUACCAGUGUUUGUGUCAGUUUUAUUAUUAUUAUUCAUGUCCAUUUAUCAUAAAUAAAUUUUAAAACCAACUAUCUCUUUUAAAAUAAAGUGACCAAGAGGAUUGCUGUUUGAUUGUAGUUGUAUAGUUUGAAACGUGAGUUCAAGAAUAAAUUUGAAUUACCAAAUGUUAACAA